AUGGCGGCCCGAACGACCCCAAUCACGGCCGUCACCCCGGAAUGGCUCGAGAAAGGUGACAACGCAUGGCAGCUCAUCUCCGCCACGCUCGUUGGCAUGCAGAGCGUCCCGGGGCUCGUGAUCCUCUACGGCAGCAUCGUCAAGAAGAAGUGGGCCGUGAACUCGGCCUUCAUGGCCCUGUACGCGUUCGCCGCCGUCUUGAUCUGCUGGGUCUCCUUCGCGUACAAGAUGUCUUUCGGGCACCAGCUCCUCCCCUUCUGGGGCAAAGCCGGGCCGGCGCUCGAUCAGAAAUUCCUCCUCCGCCAAGCCCAUCUCUCCGCCACCGAGUACAAAUUCCACAAUGGAACGGUCGAAACUCAGAUGGUGCAGCCUUUCUACCCCAUGGCAACGAUGGUGUUCUUCCAGUUCGUCUUCUCGGCGAUUUGCUUGAUCCUCAUCGCAGGAUCGCUGCUCGGGCGGAUGAACAUCCACGCGUGGAUGCUGUUUGUGCCGCUCUGGCUCACGUUUUCGUACACGGUCGGGGCAUUUAGCCUGUGGGGCGGCGGGUUUUUGUUCCAGUGGGGAGUUCUCGAUUACUCUGGAGGGUAUGUGAUCCAUCUCUCGUCAGGGGUGGCGGGAUUUACAGCAGCAUAUUGGGUUGGUCCAAGGCUGACAAAGGACCGCGAGAGAUUUCCCCCAAACAAUGUUCUUCUCAUGUUGGGUGGCGCUGGAUUGCUCUGGAUGGGCUGGGCUGGAUUCAACGGAGGAGAUCCCUACGCCGCAAACAUCGAUGCAUCGCUCGCGGUUCUAAACACAAACAUCUGUGCCGCCGCAAGCCUGCUCGUCUGGACGGCUUUCGACACCAUCUUCUUUGGCAAGCCGUCCGUAAUUGGAGCGGUCCAAGGGAUGAUCACCGGGCUCGUUUGCAUCACUCCUGGAGCUGGUCUCGUGCAAGGUUGGGCAGCGAUUUGCAUGGGGAUUCUCUCCGGCAGCAUUCCAUGGUACACGAUGAUGGUCGUGCACAAGCGAUCGCCCUUCCUUCAGAAAGUUGACGACACUCUGGCGGUUUUCCACACUCACGCGGUGGCGGGAACUCUCGGGGGAUUUCUCACGGGUCUUUUCGCGCAGCCAACGGUGACGGGAAUGUUUUCGUCAGUCCCGGGAACUCACGGGGCGUUCUACAACCACGACAUUAGGGGAGCCAUGCAGGUGGUGAAGCAGCUCGGAGGGGCGCUGUUUAUCAUCUCCUGGAACUUGGUGAUGACCAGCAUAAUCUGCUGGGUGAUCAGCAAGAUCGUUCCUCUCCGGAUGCCGGAAGAACACCUGAUGAUCGGGGACGACGCCGCGCACGGCGAGGAGGCUUACGCCCUGUGGGGCGAUGGCGAGAAGUAUGAUUCGUCCAAGCAUGGGCUCUACAACGAAGCCGUCGAGGCUGGAAAUCGAGGAAGCUCGAGAUACAACGAGCCGCCAGUUGCGGUUUGA